AGAAGGAUCUCAGGGACAGUGUUUCUUCUCAGCGUGGUGGAUUGUAACCUAGGUCUGACAUGAGGCAAACCGUCUGCGGGGUCCUGAGCGCAGUCUUCGCGCUCUGGGUCGGUCUGGUGAGCUCCAAGGCGUCGUUUCCUGGAUUCCACGAGGCGUUCAAGAACAGGAUGCGUGCACCUGGCAAACACGGCGGAGGUCAGGCGGGUCACAGCCGACACACGAACAGAUAUCCGCUUUAUAUGCUGCACCUCUACCGGACCCUUCUAACCGGAGACGAUAAACACAUGAGCCAUGAAAAUCCAACUCUGUACGAGUCCGAUUCGGUCUUGAGUCUCGUUGCCAAGAGUUGCCAUCAGGUUGGUGACAAACUAGCCGUGACAUUUGACAUGUCCUCCAUAUCAGCAGGCGACGACAUCCAGCGGUCCGAGCUUCGCAUUCGCCUUCCAGAAUUCGCCUCUGAGAUGGAAGUGGACAUCUAUCACGCAUCCAAACAUGAGUGCGACCGAAGCCCUUGCGACGAAGUAAGGAUUCACCUCGGCACUGUGAAAGCCAAACCAACUGACUCAACCUCCCAUUCCUCUUGGAGGGUCUUCAACAUCACAACGCUGCUCAAGUACUGGUUACACCAAGAUGAGAGCGUGUUCUCAAAGGAACCCAUUCAGAUGCCUGCAAGAUCUGAGGGCGAGGGGCACGAAAACAUGCAGCAUCUGACAGCCAACAGGGUCAUGAUGGUGGUUUACUCCAAGCAAAACCAGGCAAAGACAUCCACCCUCAUCCAGACGGCAGAGCACUCCAAGUACGUAGCUCUGGACCGGGCUGGUGGUGGAGGUGAACCUGUGCCCCGGCGUCACAGGAGGAACCAUCGGACUGAAGACAGAGUGCGUGACGCAGCAGCCAAUGUGAUUCCAGUUGUUUUGCAAGAAGAGGAGAAGAAAUCUCUCUGCAGGAAGGUGGAUAUGUGGGUGGACUUUGAUCAGAUUGGUUGGAGUGACUGGAUUGUUUAUCCGAAGCGUUAUAAUGCCUAUCGUUGUGAGGGUAGCUGUCCAACACCUGUAGAUGAGAGCUUCACCCCAACCAACCAUGCCUACAUGCAGAGUCUGUUGAAGCUGCACCACCUAGACCGCGUCCCAUGCUUGUCGUGCGUACCCACCCGUCUGACUCCACUCUCAAUGCUCUACUAUGAGAACGAAAAGAUGGUCAUGAGACACCACGAAGGGAUGGUUGUGGGAGAAUGUGGCUGCCACUGAGUCUCCAAAUGAACUCAACUCUAGCACUUUGAAUAUGUUCCUUAAAUCCAGAUAAACAAAUGAAGAAAAAUUGCUUUAAUUUGUACAGUAUUUUCACUUGGAAUCACAAGGUAUCCUGCACUGAGGCACCUGGAUUACUUAUUGCUAUUUUUGAAAGCUUUGUGUGUUUGCCUAAUUUGUAAAUAGUAGAGUAUGUAAACUACCAAAUUUAAUAAAAGUGUUCAUGAUGUAAUAAAUGUAUUUUGUUUUUGUUUUGUGGAAAAUCAGCACAUGAAUAAGGAAAACAUAUAAAUUCUCUGGUGUUUAUUG